CUCUUCAACCAGCAAACCUGAGCUCUUGCUGUCAUGGCAGGGCUUAGCACCGGAGCAGGUGCUCCAGUUGUGAAGUUAUACCAUGAGAAAUCCAUGAUCAUGCCUGAUGUGUCCAGAGUGCUUGCAUGCCUGUAUGAGAAAAACAUCGAGUUUGAGACUGUCAAGGAUUCUUACAAGGACAUCCUCAGGCUCCAGGCAUCGAGGAGUGUUCCAGUUCCAUUCUACGAUGGACCCACAUUUCUACAAGAAUCAAGAGCAAUUUGCCGCUACAUAGCAGAAACCUAUGAACAGCGUGGGUAUCCUUUCCUGCUGGGAAAGGAUGUUCUGGAGAGGGCUUCCAUUGAACAAUGGCUCCGUCAUGAGGAGCAUGCGUUUGAUCCUCCGAGCCGGGCAUUGUUUUGCCACCUGGCCUUUCCUGUGCAGGAUGACGACGAUGAUGAUAUCAACACAGAGAAAAGAAAACUGGAAGAAGUCCUUGAAGUCUAUGAACAAAGGCUUGGUGAGAGUGAGUUCCUUGCUGGGAACAAGUUCACCCUUGCUGACCUUGUUCACUUGCCAAACACCCACCACCUUGUGACAUCUGAAUUUGCCUACCUGUAUGACUCAAGGAAGAAUGUGCAGAGGUGGUGGGAUACAAUCUCCAACCGCCAAUCUUGGAAGCAGGUGCUGAAGGAUAUGAACAGAGUGGAGGAGGAAUACCAAAUGGAACUAGAGCAGCAGGAGGAGCAGUGGCAGACAGAGCUUCCCCAAACAUCUGUUGGCCACACCAUUCGCUUAGACCCUCGGCAGACGACUAGCACUGAGUCACGGACAGUACUAGUCCCACCUCCCAGUGCUGGUAUGAUCUCAACCUCAUUUUCAUCACAAAGAGAGCAACCUCUGCCCUCUGAAACAAUCCGCCAAGAUAAACCCUCACCUAGAAAAGAAAGCAACUUCUUUACUACCACAGAGAAAACUCCAUCAACCCCAAGGUCUAGAGCUCCUACAACUCAGAAACAGCCUAGCAGUACCUUCUUCACCCCAUCUACCACCCCCAAAAUUCCUCAGAGAACAGAUACUGAUAUAUCCAGCUCCAAAGAUGCCCCAUACCAAACCAAACCUAGUGAAACAACAUCGAAAGAAGCUCAUGAUAAAUCCCAUCUCUCUGGCUUUUUUAAGGCUAGGAGCCAUACCGAUGAAACAGCAACUCCUACAAAACAUAGUCCACAAGAAGACUCGAAAACUUCUACCAAGAUACCCAAAACACGUGAUAUCAGUGAGGCAGUCGGUCCUAAUAGUCCAAUAUCAACCAAAGCUCCCCAUGAAAUUGAUGAACGUGCCAGUGUUGAUCCCCGCUUUGACAAGCCAGCUCCAUAUACCAAGCCUACCACAAACAUACCACAAACUUCUUCUGGAAGGCCUUCUGCACAGAGAGAUCUAGGCACUUCUCCUGGCACUGAGGCAGACAAAACAUCUUCUGAUCUGGGAGGUGGUGUUCAGUCUCCUUAUGCACAGGGACGUGCUGAGCAAGUGAAGAAAACCUCAUCUGAUCAGAGAGGUUCUGAAACUGCACAACCAGCUCAACCCCGUGGCAUCCAGCAAUUCACCAAGGAUGCUAGACAGGCUGAUCAAAACAGGAUAGCUGCAUCACCACGUCAACAACCAUCAGGUGAGCAAAAUGUCCAUAAGCAAUUUAUAGCACCACCAAUUCUGAAAAUACCUGACUUGUCAACAAUGCAACCAGAGUCUCAAGAAGACACUCAUAACAUCAUGAGUGAAGAUGAAAGAUUCUCUACCAAGAGGCUCCGGAAGAUGAUGGAGGAAAGUGAAAAGGAAGCACAAGAAGUUAAAUCACAGCCUACAGAUUUUCGACCUUCAAAGGAGGAAACACCAUCUAUCUAUAAGAAUCCCUCAGAUGUGCAAGACAGAACCAUUUUGGAUGAUAGAAAAAGUGGUAGAUCUCCGUCAGCUGGCACACGAGCUCCUGACUAUCCAACAAGUGCUGCUGAAAGAAGAGUUGCUUCACAACCAAAAGAAGGAAUGCCAUAUGAUGAUCGUGGUGCCACUAAACCACAAAAAUCACCAUCCAUCAAUGAGCAAGAAAAAAUUCCAGUAGUGCCAAGCCAAGCGCCACCAGCCAGUUCAGGGAAAGCUUCCGAAUCAUUAAAGGAAGUUUCCCCUGAUGAUGGCUUGGCUCAAGUAUCCACCAUCAAUCAAUGGAGACAAACCUCUGCACCUCCUCCAACCAAACUAGCAGCUCCUGAUGCUCCUAGAAAUGUUGGGUUGGCCAAAACAGAAGGUGUUGACAAGAGGACACAGCCAAGCACAACAAAGGAAACCCCAAGGAAUGAUAGAAAUGUUUUAGCAACAGGGCAAGGAGCUGAUCGUGGAGUUGGUAAUGAACAAUAUGACAAGAAUUCCAUCGAUGAAAGAGCACCACAAAUGACACCAAGGCAAGCAGCACCUUCUGUCACUCAGCGUGCUUCAGCAUCAAUCCAAGAAAGAAUUAGUGGUGCCCGUGGCGCUAGUGAUGAUAUGUUUGGAAAAACAUCAAGUGCUGAUCAAAGCAACACUCCAGCCAUACCAAAGCAAACAACAGUUCAAGGAGCAACCCCUGAUGUUCGUGGUACUAGUUAUGCUGACAGAGAGAUGAAACUUCCUGCUGAUGAAAAGGCAACAGCAAACAAGCAGAAGCCAGUUUCAAGUUCCCAACAGACAAUUGAACCAAUUAGAGGAGGAACUCCUACCUCAUAUGGCAGUACUGAUGAUGACUUGGCCAAGACAUCAAGAGCUAAUGAAAGACAAACGCCACCUUCAAAGGCGCAAGCACCAGCAUCCAACAGACAGAGUGCUUCUACAGCUCUCCAAGGAGGCACACCUGAUGCUCGUGGGGAAAAUACAGCAGUCAAACCAUCAGUCACUUCUCCAACAGGUAUGCCUACUUCAUCAAGAAGACAAGAACCAACUCCAUCAGUCACUUCUCCAACAGGCGUGCCUACUUCACCAAGAAGACAAGAACCAACUCCUGACACUCAACGUCGUCGCGCAGCAGAUCAAAUGCCAUCCCAAGCUCCACUUCCGUCUUCCUUCAGUACAAGGAACAAGGAGAAUGGUAUUUCUGAAGCUGGUCAAACCAACACAGUAGCACCUGAUGGGCUGCCAGGUCCGGGAGUUCCCAAAGAUGCUGGACCACAGGUUGCAGGACCUUCAGUCGUGAAAUCACAGAAGAACAUGAAUGAAGCAUACAACGAUGGACCAUCCACACAGCAGUUGCCAAAUGAUCAGUAUAGGUCUCAGCCAAGAGAAGCCAAGGAAGAGCAAGGAGCUGAUGCAGCACUAAUCAAUGAAAUUGGCAAGGCCCAAAAGGAUGAUUUGUUGGCAAAUCCAAAUCAAAGUAGCACUGGAAGAGUUCAACCAACAUCAACUGAAGAAACAUCCAAGCAGCAACUGCAAUCCGGGCUGAACAAGCCUAUAUCAUCUAAAGAUGGCAAAGAAACAGUAAGCUAUGGCAGCUCAGCAACGUCCAGAGAAAUGCUACCUUCUAUUCCUGAUAAGAGCAUGAGAGUGCAGCAACCGCAAGGUGACAAGUCCAGCUACUCCAGUAUAUCACAAGAAGACAAUGUGAAGCAAGGGUCUCAAGCUGCACUGCAGGGAUCUGGAAAUGAGCAGCCUAAGAAAAGGGACCUCCUUGCAAAUGCUGAUGAGAAAAUCAGAGGAACUACAGGAGAAGCCUUACAAAAGUCUGAUGAAGGGCGGAUCUCCUCUAAUACUGAGCAAAUGAAAAGCAACAGAAAUAACAGCAAACCAGAUGGCUCAACUGAACCCACUUCAUUUGAUGGCAAUGAAGGUAAUCUUCCUGAGUCACAGAGGCGUGGCUCAUCAAGCAACCCGUAAAAUGCUUCAUCAGCUCAUUUUCUUUCACCAUCUCUGCCGUACUGCUAUCUACUUCCCUAUUUUCACAUAAUAAGGUCACCUAUACACCAGCGGACCAGCCAUACCAGUCCAUGUUGUCUACUCUGCAUGUUUAUUAUUCCUUCCCAGUGGUGCAGUAUUGUUCAUUACUUGAACAAUGACUUGUUCAGAUGUCAAAGUUCUUAAUUUAAUCUUGUUUUGAAUAAUGUGAAUGCAAUAUAGCAUUCUCCA